CGCGGUCGUUAUCGCAACGACCGCGGCGUCUCUAUCGACGUCCGCGAGAUCGCGACCGACAACCGGUCUGGCCGCCGCCUGUGGCACGGCCGCCGGCCCGGCCAGCGGCGGUGGCGACGGAAAACAGCUUAAGCCGAACCGUCGUCGACGAACCCACGCGCGAUUAUUAAUUGUAACAAAUUGUGAUUCGAACUCUGAAUAAAAGGUGCUUCACAGAAAAAGCGUGUGUCGUUAUUGUGUUAUUAAGUUUGCCCUAACUGUUCCAACACCUACAUUGGCGCAGUCGAGUAAGGAGUAAGAUGGCAGAACGCGCCAAUAACCCCCCACCGAACCGCAACAACCGGCCAUCCCGCGGCAUGAUUGCCGCGCAUGUGGAAAAGCUCCGGGCAAUGGCCGCGCAGUUGUUGCGGGAAGCCAGGAGGCUGUCGGGCGAUGGUCCGGAGGACACGGUGAGCGGUUGGUCGGCCGAACGCGCGGCUACCGCGUCGUUCGGCCGGAUACGAGCAAGCCCGACUGCAUGGGCCUUGUUCGAGCGGGGUUUCGCCGAGGGACGCCGGUCCACUCGAGCGAACACCCCACAGCCCGAAGCCGCCAGGCCUAGGGCAGGACCGCCCGGACGAGUGCCACCUCGCCGAACAGCGACGGCGUACCAGCGCCACGACGUCCGGGAUGGGCGUGGCCGGUUCAGGCGGCCAGCGGUUCGGCCACAAGCCGACCAGACCGACGAGCGGCCCAUGGUACAGCCGCAAGCCCAGCAGCCCGUGGUGCCCCCGCCAACAGAGCCGCCAGCAGAGCAGCAGCUGGCCCAGCAGCCAGACACCCCGGAACAGCAGCUGGCCGCGGUGGAGCGGUGGAUCCAGGCCAUGGAGGUGACGCCCGGGGACCCAGUCAUCCUCCCCGUGGACUAGGUUGCUCGGUCGCGUCUCGCGGACUCGGGGGGGAGUAUGUCGCGGUCGUUAUCGCAACGACCGCGGCGUCUCUAUCGACGUCCGCGAGAUCGCGACCGACAACCGGUCUGGCCGCCGCCUGUGGCACGGCCGCCGGCCCGGCCAGCGGCGGUGGCGACGGAAAACAGCUUAAGCCGAACCGUCGUCGACGAACCCACGCGCGAUUAUUAAUUGUAACAAAUUGUGAUUCGAACUCUGAAUAAAAGGUGCUUCACAGAAAAAGCGUGUGUCGUUAUUGUGUUAUUAAGUUUGCCCUA